AUGCCAUCACCACCCACACAGGCCACAGAGGCUGGCAGACAGGGCUUUGAACCUGGCACUUACCGGACAGUCAGUGGCACCAGUGGCCUCAUUGAGCCAAAGAAGCUGCCAAAUCCAGUCAAGGAGUCCAAGAACCAUCGGGACCUCCAUCGGGAGCUGUUGUUCAGCCACAAGAGAGGGCUGUUGCCAGAACACAAACCUGAGCUCCAGAAGGCUUUGGAAACCAGGAGAUUAAAACAGCUGAAGCAGAAGGAAGAGUCUCAGAGGCCGCUGACAGAUCUGGAGAAAGAGCUGAGGAAACGGCACCAGAAGCUUGAGGAGUAUGAGCAAGAGCUGGCCCUGAAGCAGGACCAGGAGCGCAGACCUGAGUUCAUCCUUGUCAAGGAGAGCCUGAAGAAGAUCAAGCUGUCUGCAGAAACAGGCGUGAGGCAGACGUAA